AUGUCUAAUGAGCGGACGCCGCUUAUCACCAAUGUCUAUAUUGGUGCGCCGCGUCGCAGGUACCCGAACCAUGUCCUGCGCCGGUUCUGCACCGUUGCACUCUCUUCCAUCCUCAUCUUCUGGUCCAUCUUCUUCGUAGUUGCGCUCUUCAUCGAUGAGCCUCCCCGUCACCACGGUCACCACCAUCACGGCUGGACCUGGACGAACAGCGUCAACAGCGCCCCCAUUACUCAUGAGGAGGUGCAAAAGAUCCUCUUUGAGGUCCCCUCUUCUGAAAAGGCCGAAGAAUGGAGCAGAUAUUACACUGCUGGCCCCCAUCUGGCGGGCCAGAACUACUCUCAGGCUGCAUGGACCAAGGAAAAGUGGGAAUCGUGGGGUGUGCAAUCGGAAAUCGUGUCAUACGACGUCUACCUGAACUACCCCAUCGACCAUGGCCUCUCCCUACUCUCCAAGACCAAGGAAGAGGAGUCUACCUGGACGGUAGAGUUCAAGGCUGCUCUUGAGGAGGACGUCCUCGAAGAAGACCCCUCCUCCGGCCUGGAGGACAGAGUCCCGACUUUCCACGGCUACUCCGCCAGCGGCAACGUCACCGGAUCCUUCGUCUUUGUCAACUACGGCACGUACCAGGACUACGAAGACCUCAUCAAGGCCAAUGUCAGCCUCGAGGGCAAGAUCGUCAUCGCCAAGUACGGCGGCAUCUUCCGCGGCCUUAAGAUCAAGCGCGCCCAGGAGCUGGGCGCCAUCGGCGCUCUUCUCUACAGCGACCCCGGCGAUGACGGCAAGGUGACCGAGGAGAACGGGUACGAGGCGUACCCCAACGGCCCUGCUCGUCAUCCCAGCGCCGUUCAGCGCGGAAGCGCUCAGUUCCUCUCCCAGCGCCCCGGUGACCCGUCGACCCCCGGCUACCCCUCCAAGCCCGGCGCGCCGCGUGCUCCCGUCGACGAUGCGACGCCGUCUAUUCCCUCCAUCCCCAUCUCUUAUGCCGAUGCUCUUCCCAUUCUGAAGGCUCUCAACGGCCACGGUCCCUCUGUCAAGGACUUCAACAAGUACUGGAACAGGAACCUGGGACUCAAGUACAAGGGCGUAGAGUACAACAUCGGUCCCACCCCCGACAACGUGGUCCUCAACCUCUACAACGAGCAAAACUACACCACCACGCCACUGUGGAACGUCAUCGGUAUUGUCAACGGCACCAUCCCCAACGAGGUCGUCGUAGUCGGAAACCACCGCGAUGCAUGGAUUGCCGGUGGCGCCGGCGACCCCAACAGCGGCUCCGCCGUCCUAAACGAAGUCAUCCGCGGCGUCGGCGUCGCCCUCGCCAGCGGCUGGAAGCCCACCCGCACCAUCGUCUUCGCCAGCUGGGACGGCGAAGAGUACUCUCUGAUCGGCAGCACCGAGUGGGUGGAAGAAUACCUCCCCUGGCUCACCGAGGCCUCAGUCGCCUACGUCAACGUCGACGUCGGCGUCCGCGGCCCCAACUUCAACCCCUCCGCCGCGCCCCUCCUCCACCGCGUCCUCCGCGAGGUCACCCAGCUCGUCCCGUCCCCGAACCAGACCGUCCCCGGGCAGACCGUCGCCGACGUCUGGGACGGCCGCAUCAGCACCAUGGGCUCCGGCUCCGACUUCACCGCCUUCCAGGAUUUCGCGGGCAUCCCUUCCCUCGACUUUGGCUUCGGCGGCGAGAACGAGGACGUCGUGUACCAGUACCACUCCAACUACGACUCCUUCCACUGGAUGAAGGAGUUUGGCGACCCAGGCUUCGUCUACCACCGCACAAUGGCCCAGAUCCUCGGCCUCGUCGUCGCAGAGCUCGCCAACGUGCCCGUCAUCCGCUUCAACGCCACCGACUACGCCGACGCGCUGACGGGCUACGUCGACCAGGUCGAGUCCAAGCUCGCCGCCGUCGAGACCUCGGACUCUGUCUUGGAGGAGGACUCUGACGAGGAGGCCCUCUUCCGCAUGCGCGCCAGCAUCGCUGUCGCCGACGCAGACGCAAAGGGCUCCCUCUCGCAGUUCCGCACCUCCCUCCAGAUCCUCCGCACCUCCAUCGCCGCCCUGCGCGAGAAGACGGUGGUCCUCGACUCCACGGCCGGCACUGUCGACUGGGAGCUCAAGUACGGCAGCAUCCCCUGGUGGAACCUGUACCGCAAGAUCAAGCUCGCCCUGGCUUUCGUCUGGGUCAACAGGUCCUACAAGGGCUUCGAGCGCAACUUUUUGUACCCCGGCGGCCUGGAUGGUCGGACCUGGUUCAAGCACGUUGUCUUUGCGCCUGGUUUGUGGACUGGGUACUCUGGAGCCGUCUUCCCUGGUCUCCAGGAGAGCAUCGACGCCAAGGACUUCAACAACGCGCUCAAGUGGACCGGCAUCAUCAACGAGUGCAUCGCCUCCGCCACCAAGAGCCUCUGA